AUGCCCAGGAGGCGCAGGGGGCUGUCCCUGCCCUUGGUGGCCAUGCCCUGGGCACAGCUGAAACCACCUGGGAAUGGCGACGUACGGGGCCGGGGAGGCUUUGUCCCCGCUGUCACCGUCCCCUUUCCAGGGCUGUACGGGAGAGACGGCAUCCUGCCGGCCCGCAAAGUGCUGCGCCUCAGCGGGAAGGGGCUGUGGGAGCAGCUGCGGGAUUUUCCCACCCUCCUGUGGCUCAGUCCCCGCCUGGGUUUGGAUACGGAGAUGGGAAUGGAGCUGCUCUGCCUCCUCGGCGUGCUCGCCUCCUUCGGCGCCUUGCUGUUCGAGCCCCUGCGGGACAGCCUGCUCUUCGCCCUGCUCAGGGUGCUCUACCUCUCGCUCUACCAGCCACGAAUCCGCCCUCCCGAGCCGUUUGCGCUCGCUGCUGGGGCUGGCGGCUUCGUGCGGAGGAGCUCGGCUCUCACCUAUCACUACGAGACCCAGUGCAUCCCCACGCCGGGCGCCUGGUUCGCCCACCAGCUGCCCGUCUGGUUCCAGAAGUUCAGCGUGGUGGCCACCUACGUCAUUGAGAUCGCCGUCCCGCUCCUCUUCUUCGCGCCCAUCCGCCGCCUCCGGCUCUUCGCCUUCUACAGCCAGGUCCUGCUGCAGGUCCUCAUCAUCCUCACGGGUAACUACAACUUCUUCAACAUGCUCACCAUCGUCCUGGCCUUCUCCCUGCUGGACGAGGAGCACGUGGGGCGCUGGCUGGGGCGCAGCAAGAGGAGGCACACCAGCAGGAUGUGCUCUGAGCGCUGCCCACUUGCCCUCUCCCUGCCUGGGCUCUCGGGGCACGGUUCGCACCCCUCCGUGCAGCGGUGUGCCUGCGUCCGCGGCUGCUUCUGGAAGCUCUGGGCCACUCUGCAGUGGGCCAUCUUCGCCACAGCCACCGUGGGGAUGUUUGCCAUCAGCUUGGUGCCCUUCACCUACAUCGACUACGAGUCCAACGGCAAGCUGUGGCCCGGCAUCCACCAGAUGUUCAACGCGGUCGAACGCUUCCAGGUGGUGAACUCCUACGGGCUCUUCCGCAGGAUGACGGGCGUCGGGGGGCGGCCCGAGGUGGUGCUGGAGGGCAGCUACGACAAGCAGACCUGGACGGAGGUGGAGUUCAUGUACAAGAUCCCGGCGGGGGCUAACGCUGUGUCUCCGGCAGUGAUCCGCCUGGUGCAGGUCGACGAGUCCCGGUACCCCUUCAGCGCCCAGCCCCCCGUCUACAUCCGCGCCCAGCUCUACAAGUACUGGUUCACCGGCAGCGCCGAGGGCAG